UUUUUCCAUCCGCGGCUUUUCUUCCCCCCUCCUUAUUUUCCUUUUUCCUAUCCCGCUCAAUCUUUUUCUUUGUGCUGGGUUCUGUUGAUUUUGAAUCUGGCUUCCUGGUCGCUAUCUCAUCUAUGCCAUUGCUCCUCCGAGAUUUCUGAGUUGUUGCACGGAGUAUUUUCUGACCUUGUAAUCCGGCGGUGAUGCUCCGGCGUCGCGUGGGCAAGGAAGAGGAGGAGGAGGAGCCCAACCACAACCAUAACCACAACCACGAGGUGCGGCCUUCCUCCGAUUCCUCCUCCCGCGACAAUUCCCAGUCCAAGUCUAAGUCCGAUACCGACUCGCCAGCAGCUGCCCGUCCCUCCCAUUCCAAACGAUCCGAGUCCUUCAUCCACAAGCCGCGCAGCAAACGUCGCAAUGGGUUGAUCUUCGCGCUGGGCGGGCUUUUCGGAGUCCUGGUCGCCGUGCUCUUCGCCAACCAACAGGACGUUAUCAAUUUAGACAGUUUAAUGGACUUCAACAUCGAGUCCCUGAUGGAGGUGAUGCCGCAUGGGUUCUUGAACGAUGCGAGAGAAUUCACCCAACAUGAGCGCGACACAGUCAACUACGAUCCUUUCUCCGUCGGACUACACCUGCAGGCUCAAGGUUUCCAGGCGAAACACCCGAUGGUCAUGAUCCCCGGGGUGAUCUCCACCGGUCUGGAGAGCUGGGGCACCGAGCCCUCAUCCCGGCAGUACUUCCGCAAGAGACUCUGGGGCAGUUGGAGCAUGAUGCGGGCGCUGGUGCUCGACAAACCGGGGUGGAAGAACCAUAUUAUGCUGGACAAGGACACCGGGCUCGACCCCCCGGGGAUCAAAUUGCGCGCGGCGCAGGGUUUCGACGCGACCGAUUUCUUUAUUACGGGCUACUGGAUCUGGAACAAGGUCCUCGAGAACCUGGCGACCAUUGGCUACGACCCCACCAAUGCGUUUACGGCGGCCUACGACUGGCGGCUCUCGUACCCGAACAUGGAGGUCCGGGACCAGUACUUCAGCCGCCUGAAGUCGUACAUCGAGACGGCCGUGCAGGUCCAGGGCGAGAAGGUCACCCUCGCCUCCCACAGUAUGGGCUCCCAGGUCGUGCUCUACUUCUUCAAAUGGGUCGAAAACCCCGAGCACGGCAAGGGCGGCUCGGACUGGGUCAACCGGCACGUCGCCAACUGGAUCAACAUCAGUGGCUGCAUGCUCGGGGCUGUCAAGGGCCUCACGGCCGUCCUGUCUGGCGAGAUGCGUGACACCGCCCAGCUGAACGCCUUCGCCGUCUACGGGCUGGAGAAGUUCCUCUCCAAGGAGGAGCGCGCCGAGAUCUUCCGCGCCAUGCCCGGCAUCUCCAGCAUGCUGCCCAAGGGCGGCGAGGCCGUCUGGGGCAACGCGACGUGGGCGCCCGACGACCAGCCGCACCAGAACCUCACCUAUGGCAACCUGCUCAACUUCCGCGAGAGCGGCACCAGCCGCAUCAUCAAGAACAUGACCAUUACCGAGAGCCUGAACUACCUCCUCGACGAGGGCGAGGACUGGUACCGCCACCAGGUGCUGGCCAGCUACUCGCACGGCGUCGCCCACACCGCGCGCGAGGUUGAGGCCAACGAGCACAACCCGCGCACCUGGCUUAACCCGCUCGAGGCCCGCCUCCCGCUCGCCCCGGACAUGAAGAUCUACUGCUUCUACGGGGUGGGCAAGCCCACCGAGCGAAGCUACUUCUACCAGGAGGAGCGCGACCCCCUCGUCAACCUCAACGUUAGCAUCGACACCACCGUCACUAACAACGACGGCGUCGACCACGGCGUCCACAUGGGCGAAGGCGACGGCACCGUCAACCUGCUGAGCACCGGCUACAUGUGCGCCAAGGGCUGGCACAUCAAGCGGUAUAACCCGGCCGGGGUGAAGAUCAAGGUCUUUGAGAUGCCCCAUGAGCCGGACCGGUUCUCGCCCAGAGGUGGGCCAAACACGGGAGACCACGUCGACAUUCUCGGCCGCGCCUCCCUCAACGACCUCAUCCUCCGCGUGGCCGCCGGCCAAGGCGAUCACAUCGAAGAGACCUACGUCUCCAACAUCCGUGAAUACGCCGAACGAGUUCAGAUUUUCGAUGAUAAUGAACAAUAGACGUACGUGCGCAAAUGAACAAACCCCCCUACCAAGAUAAAAUAGACUAUAACAAUCAACCACCUUUUCCUGCCACCCAAUUCAUGUCCUUGAAAUGUUCAUAUACCCCACUUUUCCUUCGCCCGGCUGCUGCGGUUAGUUACACUUGAAGAGCAAAAGAAGGGCGAGUCGAGCUGUAGGCCGCCUUAAUUUUCUCUCUUUUUCUUCUAGUCUAGGCUUCGUAUCCAUGCCUUCAUCAGGACCGAUGACUGUAACUAGCAUACAGCGGCGGGUCCAGAGGGCUUGAUUACCUAAUC